AUGACGGUUCUAUCAACACCUCAGAACGACGCUGUCGAGCUAGCUUCCGUAACAGUAUCUUCAAGGUUACCAGAAUUUUGGUGUGACCAGCCGCGGCUAUGGUUCGUGCAAAGUGAUGCGGUUUUGGGACCACAAAAGCUCAGUGACGAUGCAAAAUUUAAUUUAAUCGUUACUAAGUUAAAUAAAGACAUUAUUCAACAAGUUAGCGACAUACUUUUGAAUCCACCGGAGACAAAGAAAUAUGAAACCUUGAAGGCUCGUCUGUUGGCGGUGUACGAGGAAUCGGAAACCAGUAAAUUUCAAAAAUUACUCAGUGGAAUGGAAUUGGGUGACCAAAGGCCUUCACAGCUUUUGCGUCGAAUGAGAGACUUAGCACGUGGAAAAAUACCGGAUGAAACACUUCUUAUUAUGUGGCAAAGUCAUUUACCUGCUUCUGUACGAGCUGUUUUAGCUGUAAGUGAAGUUAAAGACCUCGAAAAAUUAGCUAUAAUGGCCGAUAAGGUCAUGGAAACCUCAAGACCUGUGAAUAUUUCCGAAAUUCAUACUACUGGUUCCAGCUCAAGUGACAACUCUUUUAUAUUGGCUGAACUUGCAAAAUUAAGUUUACGUAUUCGUGAUAUGGAGAGAAUGGACACAGGUGCAAACAUUUCAGUUUUACCCUUUAAGAAAAAGUUUUUUAGUGAUAAAUCAUGUGACAGUUAUAAAUUAUACGCUGCUAAUGGUAGUGAAAUUAAAACCUAUGGUACUAAGACUCUUGAUUUAGACUUUAAUUUGCGGCGGCCUUACCGCUGGACUUUUGUUAUGGCCGAUGUAAAACAACCGAUUAUCGGUGCAGAUUUUUUAGGACAUUAUAAAUUAUUAGUUGAUAUUGGUAAAAAGAAAUUAAUAGACAAGGUGACAAAUUUGUGUUUAAUAGCGUCAGUGACUUUAAAUAAGCAACAAUCAAUUAGAACUAUCGACUAUUCCAGUGAAUACAGUGAUUUAUUAGCCGAAUAUCCUAACAUAACUAAACCAAUGUGUUUUAAGGAGGCUCCAUGCCAUUCCGUUGUUCACUAUAUAGAAACAACAGGAUCGCCUGUGUACGCACGACCGAGACCUUUACCCUCAGAUAAAUACGUCAAAGUAAAGGCCGAAUUUCAACGCAUGCUGGAUAUGGGUAUAUGCAGACCCUCUAGAAGCUGCUGGGCCAGUCCACUUCAUGUAGUUUUAAAGAAAAACGGCGAAUUACGCCCGUGCGGCGAUUAUCGUCGUUUAAACAAUAUUACAAAGGCGGAUAGAUAUCCUAUACCUCGCAUACAAGACUGUACAUACUUGUUAGCGGGAAAAUGUAUAUUCUCGCGUUUAGAUCUUCAACGUGCUUACCAUAACAUAGGAAUUUCAGAAAAAGACAUUGAAAAGACGGCAAUUACGACACCUUUUGGAUUAUACGAGUUUACUCGCAUGACGUUUGGCUUAAAGAAUGCAGCACAAACUUUUCAACGUUUUCUCAAUAACGACGUUUUUAGAGACAUGGAUUUUUUAUUUUCCUAUAUAGAUGACGUCAUAAUUGCAUCAGAUUCGCAAUAUUUGCAUAAACUUCACUUAAGAAAAGUUUUCGAACGUCUUGAUCAGUUUGGUCUUACAAUUAAUUUGGCGAAAUGCGAGUUCGGGAAAAAGGAAUUAGACUUUCUCGGGUUCCACGUAUCAGAAAAAGGCUUACGGCCGCUUGAAGAUCGAGUUAAGACUAUUUCGGAAUAUCCAAGGCCAGAGACCGUAGAGGAACUACGACGCUUUUUAGGGAUGUUAAACUUUUAUAGACGUCACCUUCCCAAGGCAGCAAACAUUCAAGAAAAAUUAAAUGCUUUUCUUCACAACUCAAAAAAAAAAGAUAAGUCGCCUAUUACUUGGACCGAUGACUCCAUUAAAGCUUUUGAACAAUGUAAGGAAAGCUUAAAAAGCGCAGUUACAUUGUCUUUUCCAUCUCAAAAUGCACCUAUGUCAAUUAUGACAGAUUGUUCUGCCACCUGUGCCGGAGCGGUUCUACAACAAAAAGAAGGAGACUCAUGGAAACCACUUGCAUUUUUUUCAAGCAAGCUGAGUGAAGCGCAACAGCGCUACAGUGCUUUCGAUAGGGAACUGUUGGCUAUUUACAUGGCUACAAAGCACUUUAGAUAUUUAAUAGAAGGCAGACCCUUAACUGUAUAUACAGAUCAUAAACCACUAGUUUAUGCAUUUAAAAAUAAUUCUAUUGGAAAAAAUGAUACACCUAGACGGUUAAGACAUUUAGAUUUUAUUUUACAAUUUUGUACAGCAAUCGAAUACAAAAUAAUUUUGCCGAAUAGUAAUAUACCUAUUUACUGCGAAGUGUCUACAAAUAAGGCACGUCCAUAUUUGCCGCUGGAGUUUCGUAUUACAGCAUACAAAGCCAUACACGAUGCCAGCCACCCAGGAGUUCGCGCCACAAGAAAAUUGAUCCGAGAUCGCUAUGUAUGGGCCGCGAUGAAUAAAGAUGUUGCCAUGUGGGUUAAAUCAUGUUUAGAUUGUCAGAGAUCGAAAGUGCAACGUCAUACGAUAUCGCCAAUUGGAACAUUCCAGAAGAGCCAACGUUUCGAACAUAUACACGUAGAUAUUGUUGGCCCACUAACUAUUUGUAAAGGAUAUCGGUAUUUAGUUACCAUGGUGGACAGAGCAACCGGUUGGUUAGAAGCUUAUCCAAUUAAAGAUAUUACGGCUGAUACGAUAUCAUGGAUAGUUUAUUCUGGCUGGAUAUCAAGAUUUGGAUGUCCAUUGCGGAUUACCACGGAUCAAGGACGUCAAUUCGAAUCUAACUUGUUCACACUGUUGGCAAAGCGAAUGGGUAUAAAAAAAUUGAGAACUACAAGUUAUCACCCGCAAUCAAAUGGUGCUGUUGAGAGAGUUCAUCGAUCUUUGAAAACAGCCCUUAUGUGUAGAGGCAAUACGGAAGAUUGGGUGAACGAAUUACCGUCAGUUCUACUGGGCUUAAGGGCAAGUCUACGCGAUGACACAAGUGUGAGCGCUGCGGAAAUGGUUUAUCGACAAGUCAUACGCCUACCAGGAGAUUUCUUUUCGCCUACAAAGCUAGAAAUCACUGAAAAUGAAACUUUUUUGCAAAAUUUGCGACAUAGGAUAAAGCAAAUUUCAUCGGUUCCGAAACGAGAAAAUAGGCAAGGUCGUAUAUUCGUACAUCCUGAAUUAAGCUCGUGUACGCAUGUUUUCGUUAGAUGCGAUCAAGUCAGGAAGCCACUGUCACCACCAUACUCCGGGCCAUACAAAGUCAUCGAACGUACAGACAAAUAUUUUAAAAUAUUGAAAGCAGAUUCGCAGCAAUGCAUUAGUAUCGACAGAUUAAAGCCAGCAUUUACAAUUGACACCAAGGAAUGCAAAAGCGCGCCAUAUGAGGAUACGACUUAUGUAAACAAAAAGCCGAACGAACCGAGGAUUACAAUAUCUGGUCGUAUUAGCAAGCCAGUCGUUCGCUUUACUCCAUAA